AUGCUGGAGGGAGAUGAAGUCACGGCUGCUGAAGAUGGUGAUCAGGCAAAUACAGAUGAAGAUUAUGUACCAUUUAGUAAGGUGCUUAGCCGCCACGAGAAAAGGACCUUACGAAUGAUCCAGACGGUUAUCACUGCAAGUAGGAAGGAAGAACAGUUGCAGGAAGCUAGAGAAAACAGUAUUGUUAUACGUCGCUUAACAGAGAGCAUUGCAAAUACUUCGGAUGCAAGAGCCAAAGAGGACACUGUUAUUGUCAACAGUCUGGCAAAAAACUUGCUAGGCCUAAAGGAUGUGCAUGUGGUCACGUUGACCAGUAUAACCCAUCCCGUCCAUUUUACGGCUGUGUCUCUGAGAAUCUGUGCAACAACAUCCACCCUGUCACGACGAUAUUUUGGCUUCAGUACCUCAGUGUCCUGCUGCAACACUUCCCACUGCAACGUCCCAGAUCUGGGGUUACAGUGUUUGACGUGCACAGACUCGUCAUGUUCUUCUCAGCGCUCGGUGACCUGCUCCAAACUCGCCCCCUUCUGUUACACUGAUGCCUACGCAGGUUCUUACGAUUAUGGAAGCUACAACUACAGCUACAGUGGAAUCAGAAAAGGCUGUGCUUCAUCCUCGGUCUGUACAGCUGCAGGGUCUGAGUUCAUUUCUUAUGACUAUGGCUCCAGGUCUUACCUCAAAAACAAAACAUGCUGCGACACAGACGACUGCAACGCUCCAAACCCGACCUCGCCCCCUGUUGGCUCUCUGCAGUGUUACAGCUGUGAUCCAGACUCUUAUGAAUGCACUGCCAAUGUGAGCUGUAACACCCAGGAGGUGUGUGGACAGGCUGUGGUUGACCAGUAUAACCCAUCCCGUCCAUUUUACGGCUGUGUCUCUGAGAAUCUGUGCAACAACACCAACCUGUCACGACAAUAUUUUGGCUUCAGUACCUCAGUGUCCUGCUGUAACACUUCCCACUGCAACGUCCCAGAUCUGGGGUUACAGUGUUCGACGUGCACAGACUCGUCAUGUUCUUCUCAGCGCUCGGUGACCUGCUCCAAACUCGCCCCCUUCUGUUACACUGAUGCCUACGCAGGUUCUUACAAUUAUGGAAGCUCCAGUUACAUCACGAUCAGAAAAGGUUGUGCUUCAUCCUCGGUCUGUACAGCUGCAGGGUCUCAGGUUUAUUCUUAUGACUAUGGCUACAGUUCUUACAUCAGAAACAAAACUUGCUGCGACACAGACGACUGCAACGCUCCAAACCCGACCUUUCACAGACUUCAGUGCAUGAGCGGCUCCGGCUCUAGUCAGCGUUUAGUCAACUGCUCCUAUCAAACUACUGCGUGUUACUCCAGAUCCUACACAGGCUCCUACGAUUAUGGAGACAACAGUUACACCUACAACUACACCUAUAAAGGCUGUGCUUCUGCUUCAGACUGUACAGCUGCAGGGUCUGAGUUUGUUUCAUAUAAUUAUGGCCCCAACACUUAUGCUGUAAACACCACGUGCUGCGACACAGACAACUGCAACGAAAAUCAUUCCAUUGUGGCGCCCCCUGUUGGCUCUCUGCAGUGUUACAGCUGUGAUCCUUACUCUUAUGAAUGCACUGCCAAUGUGACCUGUAACACCCAGGAGGUGUGUGGACAGGCUGUGGUUGACCAGUAUAACCCAUCCCGUCCAUUUUACGGCUGUGUCUCUGAGAAUCUGUGCAACAACAUCACCCUGUCACAACGAUAUUUUGGCUUCAGUACCUCAGUGUCCUGCUGCAACACUUCCCACUGCAACGUCCCAGAUCUGGGGUUACAGUGUUUGUCGUGCACAGACUCGUCAUGUUCUUCUCAGCGCUCGGUGACCUGCUCCAAACUCGCCCCCUUCUGUUACACUGAUGCCUACGCAGGUUCUUACAGUUAUGGAAACUACAACUACAGUGGAAUCAGAAAAGGCUGUGCUUCAUCCUCGGUCUGUACAGCUGCAGGGUCUGAGUUUGUUUCUUAUGACUAUGGCUCCAGUUCUUACCUCAAAAACAAAACAUGCUGCGACACAGACGACUGCAACGCUCCAAACCCGACCUCGCCCCCUGUUGGUUCUCUGCAGUGUUACGGAUGUGAUCCUUACUCUUAUGAAUGUACUGCCAAUGUGAGCUGUAACACCCAGGAGGUGUGUGGACAGGCUGUGGAUGACCGGUAUAACCCAUCCCGUCCAUUUUACGGCUGUGUCUCUGAGAAUCUGUGCAACAACAUCACCCUGUCACAACGAUAUUUUGGCUUCAGUACCUCAGUGUCCUGCUGCAACACUUCCCACUGCAACGUCCCAGAUCUGGGGAUACAGUGUUUGACGUGCACAGACUCGUCAUGUUCUUCUCAGCGCUCGGUGACCUGCUCCAAACUUGCCCCCGCCCCCUUCUGUUACACUGAUGCCUACGCAGCUUCUUACGAUUAUGGAAGCUACAACUACAGCUACAGUCAGAUCAGAAAAGGCUGUGCUUCAUCCUCGGUCUGUACAGCUGCAGGGUCUGAGUUUGUUUCUUAUGACACUGGCUCCAGGUCUUACCUCAGAAACUACACAUGCUGCGACACAGACGACUGCAACGCUCCAAACCCGACCUCGCCCCCUGCUGGCUCGCUGCAGUGUUACGGCUGUGACCCAAAUACAAAUGAAUGCAAAGCAACUGUGACCUGCAGUGUCCUGGAGACCUGCUCCAACACUUCUGUUGGGAGCUACAGUGUUUAUGGAUGUGUCUCUGAGAAUCUGUGCAACAACCUCACCUUCUCCCAAAGAUACUUGUACACCAACAACCAACCACUGUCCUGCUGCAACACCAGCUACUGCAACGCUCCAUGGACCACCACAGAGGCCCCGCCCACAACCACAUACACGACGCCCACCACCACAGAGGCCCCGCCCACAACCACAUAUACAACGCCAACCACCACAGAGGCCCCACCCACAACCAAACGUGGCGCCAACCCAAACAAAGGCCGCGGCCUUAACCACACACACAACGAAAACCCAAACAAAGGACGCGGCCUUAACCACACACACAACGAAAACCCAAACAAAGGACGCGGCCUUGACCACACACACGACGAAAACCCAAACAAAGGACGCGGCCUUGACCACACACACGACGAAAACCCAAACAAAGGCCUUGUCCAUGACCAAACACAACGCCAACCACAACAGAGGCCGCGGCCUUAACCACACACAUGACACGAGUCGCCACAGAGGCCCCGCCCACCUCAGAGCCGGAGGAGGACAAGGAUGAGUCGUGUUCUCAGGAGCAGUGCAGGUUCUGCCUCCAGCUCUGCUCUUGUCUCUGCUGCUGCUCUGUGUUCACAUGUGUCACUUAAAUGUAUAAGGUACUAAACACUGCUGUUUUAAAGCUGCAGUAUGGGACUUUUUUUUCUGUAGUAAACCUACAUAGAUCAUUAUUUUACAAAUUAUUAAUUGUUCAACUGUACGUAAGAACAAAGGUGUGGGUGGGGAAAGGGGAAACUGAAAUUUUCUGAGCUCUCAAGUGUGAAAUGAUUAAAUUAGAAACAACUCUGAAUGAGAUCAUGAGAAAACACUGUUAGAACAGAGUUCAUGUGUUGAUUUAGCAGAAUGUGUUUCUUUAAUAACAAUAAUGUUUUUCUCUGUAGAUUUUUAGUUUGGGGUGUGGAGUGGAGCCAGGUGGUUAAAUCUUUAAUUAUGUGUGUUACAACUUUGAGAUUUUUGCUUUUAAAAUGUAAAGCUGGUGACAAAUAAAAUAUAUUCCUAUUUUUUGUCUUGGGAUUUGUGUGUUAAACGUGUUACAUUGUGGACACCCAGAAGAGCAAUGUCAAUAAGAAUAUGGUUUUAAUGUUUUGUCUGGAAAAUAAAGAUCAAAUCAGCUCCA